CGCACAGAUGUCACGCCGACGUUUGGCGAUGGCGACGUCGCCUCUGACCAGUAUACGAGAAGAUUGAUCGUCGAGUGAUUUAUACACAACUUCAAUAUUGUGCGAGAGUGCAUUUAUACAUCGGGAAAAUAAUGGAAGACACCAUGUCCUCGGCGAUAACGGAGAUGUUCAACUCCUUUCAGGACUGUCUGAACAACGAGCAGGAAGUGCGCGAGCAAAUCCGUGUCAUCGUGAAAAACAUCGAGAAAAAUUCCAGGGAUAUACUGAUGACACUGCAAAAUAUUCACACGGUGCAUCACACGAUGGAGGAGAAUAUAAUUGUGUCGAAAUAUUGUUCAAAGGCGAGAGAGAUAUUUGGCGACAUAAGGAUACAGUAUGCGAAUCUGGCUGAAGUGGUACCAAGCAAUCAGUAUUAUCGCUACCAUGAUCAAUGGCGUUUCAUCACCCAGAGGCUGUGCUUUCUAGUUGCUCUAGUAAUUUAUUUCGAAAUCAAGGUCUUGGUCGACAAGAAGACUGUUGCAGAAAUAUUAGGAGUAAAAAAUAACAGAGAGGACGGCUUCCAUCUGGAUCUGGAGGAUUUCUUACUGGGUCUGCUUCAGUUAUCCGCCGAACUGAGCCGUUUCGCUGUAAAUAGUGUCACGAACGGUCAUUACAAUUGGCCGAUGGAAAUCGCGACAUUCGUUAAUGAACUGAACGCAGGGUUUCGGCUAUUGAACUUAAAGAACGAUAUAUUGAGGAAACGGUUUGACGCUCUCAAGUAUGAUGUAAAAAAGAUCGAAGAGGUAGUGUAUGACUUGUGCAUCCGCGGUUUGAUACCAUCCCCCCGGCCUAUUGAAGAAACGCCUACCGAAGAGACGCCUACCGAAUAGAUUUCUACAUCCACAAUAAUUCACAUUAAUAUACCUCCAUGUGUACGUCGUGCAAAAGAGAGAGAGAGAGAAAAGAGAUAUAUGGUGUUCAUAUAUAAUAUAAUAUAAAAACAUAUAUUCUUUAUUUAGAUUUUUUAUACUUUAGAUUAUUAGCAAUCGAUAAAUUGCCAAUAUAAUCAGAUUACUUCAGAUAAUAAGUUCUUUUUUUUAUUUAAGUAAAACAGUUACUUAAAGUUUAUUAUUUCGAUACCUAGAACAAUUUGUAUAAUUUAUUUGACAUAUAUUCAAUCGAAAAUAAAUUAUAUAAUUUAUUUUGCGACUUUUGUUUUAUGUUAUGACAGAUGUCUAUAUUUAGUACAUGAUUUUAAAGAUACGUAAUUUAAAGAAUUAUUUUAAAAAUGAAUAAAAAAUAGCCAUACAUUUUAUCUUUUUAUAAAAUUAUAAUAUAAGUGCAAGAGAUUAAGUUGUGUGUGAAAUUUAAAAAUUCUUGUAACAGGAACAAUUAUCAUACGGCUCAAGAUGUUCAAAAUAUGUUUAUUUCGAUAUGUACGUAUAUUUUAAUUAACAUAAUAAAUAUUGAUUGUGUGUA